UUUUUCCUUUUAUGUGGAAAUUAUUCACAAAUACACACAGAGUCGUUCAAUGAACAAUUUUCUCAUCAAAUACAGUCCUUUUUCUUUCUUUUUUUCUUUCAAUUUUCUUUGCACAAAUUGUCUCUCUCGUGAACGUCACGAACGCACGAAUGACUCACUUAUUUUUCUUAUUCUUUCAACAACAACAAAUGAGAGAACUGACGUAGCUGCGUGCCAAUUUGAAAUUUGCAACUAAAAUGCGACCAAAUUGCGACGAGGCUUUGGAAAAUUUCUCUCACAGCACACACAAAAUUGUCCUUCACACCUCCUCGCGCAAGAAUCACGAGAUGGGCGAUAAGAGUUUACUUUUUGAUAUGGCUAAAAACAGCGAGUUUUCAAAAGUGAAAAAUUCGUUUUUUUUUUCUUGUCUCAAAGACGUGAAACUAUCGUGAUGUCCCCACCGCGCCCGUACACUCUGAGUGGGCCCCACGGAAUAAAAGGCAACACACCACUAAAGCAUAAGCAAUGUUUGAGAAUUGACACUGUUGUGUAUACAAUACCCCACACAACACACAUCGCAUUCAUACUUCUCACACAUUUUCUAUAUAAAACUACAUACAUACAUAUGUAGGUAUCUAUAUAUAUAAGAAAAAUUCACGCGCGCGAUAAUUUUCUUUUUUAUUCUCUUCAUCAUCAUCACCAUCAUCAUCGUACACUUCUCUCAUUCUCCAAUACCUCCCAACCAAAGUACUUAGUUGGUUGAGUAAUAAGUUGGUAAGUAGUGAGAUACCUACACCCCAAUACAGCUCAAUUCAAUAUAUUUUCCCACCACACAGAAGCGCAAUUUUAUAUUGAAUACAAACAUACAAAAGUUGACUUUUUUUUCUUUCGCAUUUCUUGUCAAACGUGUGCUGCUUGAUUGUCCGUUGUGGAGUCAUUUUUAUUUAAUUUUUUCACAACAUUUUGGGAUAAUAUUCGUGAUCAUACAUAGCUACCACACAUAUAUACAACAUACAUUUGAAUGUAUAAUAUUUCCUCAAUAAUAUAAAAUUUAAUUCAAUAUAUUUGUGACUUUGAUGUCACUACACCCAUGAUGGAAACUUUAAACUUUACCCCCAUCAACAUUUCUCGGUGCUAUAUUCUUUACCAAUUUACCAUGGAGGUAGGUAUGUAAUUACCACAGAGAACUUGGAGACUUUAUUCGAUUUACAAUAUGUUGUUGGGAAUGUUCGUGUCAUACACAAAUACAAUUGAAUUAGUACAGUACAGUUGAGUAGUUUUGGGACAGAAUUUUCAAGUUAUUUUCUAUAGUUUUAUAACUGCAAAUAAUUUACCAAAUAUUGACCAAUAAUUGAGCAUAUGUUGAUUGAUAAUUGACUAACUAAAUUGUAAGAGAAAUAUUUGAUCAACAUUUAAGCAAUUCAAGAUAAAAUUUAUUAAUUUAUCCUAUAGUUUAGAAGAAAUAGCUGAAUUGCUCAAUAAUUGAUCAAUGAUUGAGCAAAAAUUGUCCAAAGAAUAAAUGAGUAUUUUCUCAAUUAUAUUAUUUCCUAUUUAAUCAAAAAUAACCGCAUGAUUGAGCAAUACUUGAUCAAAUAUUGAGCAAAAAUUCAAUCAAAAAAUAAAAUGCAAAAUAGAACCAUAAUUGAUCAAAUAUUGAACAAAAACUUCGUCAAAAAAAUAAACAAAAAAUAGGGGUGAGCGGGGUUAACAAAGUCACUUAAGGGUUUAGAAAAAGCUCAAAAUAUCAUAUUUCCCAAAUAGAUAAAGCAAAAUGUAUGGCUCAAUUCUUUAGGAUAUUUCUUGCCCUACAACUCUUUCUCAGAUCAUUUUGUUCUAUCUAGCCAGGAAAUAUGAUAUUUUAGGCUUUUUCCAAACCCUUAAGUGACUUUAUUAGCCCCGCCCUCCCCUACCUAGAAGAAUUAUAUUUGAUUAAUAUUUGACUCAUUUUCUAACAAGAAUUGAUUGAGAAAAAAUGACUUAAUAUUCUCUCAAUUAAUUUACUCAAUAUUUAAUCAAUAAUGAACGCAUUUUUGAGCAACCAUUGGACCAUUAUUGGGCAAAUAUAGUUCAAUUUUAUUUUAAUUUGUUUUUCAACGCAGAUUUGACGAUUUUUUGAUCAAUUAUUGAGUAUUAGUUGCUUUAAUUGAAUUCCUUUACUAGAACGCCUUUUUUUCUCCCUCCUUUGCAUCUUUAUGUUUGAAAACUUAUAUAGCAUUAUGAAGAAAACUUCUACGUAACUCUCACGUUGGGUUGUUGUGUUCGCAGAGUUCAUCUCAUUGAGAAACUUUCGAUGCUUUUUCAUGCGCAAGAGAUGCCGCAAAUAGAGUUAUGGGAAAUUCAAACUAAAAGUCUAUUGAAUGCGGGUAGUUGUGGGUGGAUGGAGGUGAAGAUUUUAAUAUGCAACGUCACACAAAUAAUCCCACAAAAUAUAGCCACACCGUGUACCCACACACCAACCACUCCAAAUGGAUUCUAAGGGGUAAUGGAAUGAAUUGGCAAAUUGAAACGAAUACGGGGGUGGGUAGUACUGGAAAAGAACGGGUAGUUGCACGCGAGGUUUAACAUUUACGUGCUGUGGAUGAGUUUUUUUUUAUUGAGUGGAAAUGCGAGCAAAUACAAUAUUUGUAAAUGAAAAAAAGUUCUCUUGGUUUACCAAUAUGUGGUGAAGGGAGCUUUUAAAACUUUAUUUUAUUUUCAAUAAAUUAUUCUAUUCAAUAGAAUGUUGUUGAAAUGAAAGUUUUAUUGGAAAAAUAUUCGGUUUUUAUAAAUUUUUAAAUUUUUAGGCUUAUUUCAAAAUAAAAAAUAAAUAUUUUAAAAAUUUUCCAAUGAGUAAAAUAACAAUAAUUUGUCUUAUUAUUUAAAUCAUAACAUUGGCAGAAUCUACACGACAGUUGGUGUAAUUGAUAGAGCACUCCGUUCAUACCCUAAAGAUCGCGGGUUCGAGUACAAUUUACAAACAAUUAUUUAAUCUUUUUUUUUACAUCUACUAAAUUUUUCUUAAAUUAAAAAUUCAAUCAGAAACUUAAAGAAAAACUUCUCAAAAAAGCAGAAGAAUAAAUAAAAAAACCAACAAAUAAACUUCUCAAAUGAAAGCUCAGCUUUUUAUCCAUCAUCCCUGAAAGAUUUUUCGUCAUUUUCCCCCUUAAAAGCUUUUGAAAAAAAUGAUGAAAAAGCUUCCUGAUGAUUGAACUAUUUCAUGGGAAUAGUAAAAUGUAUUGGAAGCAAUAACUUCCAUUCUUUCUCUCAUUACUUUUCCUGCAGUCACAGCAGAAAAUUGAGAAGAGUACUUGGGUACUAUAUCCGCGCAAUAUUGAGGAAUUUUCCGGGAUUUCCUUUUGUAAAAAUGUACAAAUUGGAAAUAUUUCUCUUUCAACCACCUCUCUGCUACUUUAUUUUCAAUUUCGUUUGUUGAAGUAAGUUCUGAAAAUUCUUCUUUUAAGCUCCUAAAAUGAGUUUAUUUGUUUGGUUCAUUCCCUUUUGUUGUGUUCUAAUAGCAAAAGAAUAAAAGGAUAAAAGUUCAAAGAAGUUCAAAAGAAAAAAAUAUCUUUAUGAUUGGUUUCGCAGCCCCAAAGGGUUGAUUUCCUCUCUCUCUCCCACUCACUGUUGAGAACUUUAAUGAAUAAAUUGUAUAUGUAUGAAGCAUGUGGCUCAAUUGUUAGCUGACGGUCAUUUAGAAUGACUCGACGUGAGUUGAGAAUUUUAUUAAUCAUUGCAAAUUAUAUGGCACAAGAAUGGUUGCAAAAUGAAAAAAAGAAAUAAAAAAACAUUACUCUAUGAACAAAAUUUUGUUUGAAAAAAAAAAAUAGUUUUAUUGUCUCUCUGAGAGAUGUAAUAAAAAAAUCAAUUUAUUCUCAAUUAUUUCUUCUCUUAUGACCAACUCCAUGUCACAUCUAUGCGAAAAGGAUGAAUGUAGUAUGAAAGAAGAAUAAUCAAAGCUUUAAAAAAAAAGCUCAAUGUGAUACAUACUGCACUGAUAAAAAAAGCGCUUGAAAGUUUAUUUCAUUCCUCACACAUAUUGACGUAGAAUUGACUCAAAAGCUUUCAUUAGUCUCACUGCUGUGUGAAUUUAUAUUUCAUCGCACACACACGUGAAUGAAUAUAUUGUAGUUGUGAUUGGAAACUAGGCGGAAGGUUUGAUUACUGUGGUGAGGUUAUGACAACAGAAAUCAAUGAAUUCUUCGGAUAAAUAGGCAGGUUGUAGUUGAAAAUUAGCUAAAAGGAGAGGUUUGUUGUGUGUGUGGUUGUUCCACAGCGAGAAUGUGUGCAAGAAUGGAUUUUAAGUACGUCUCCAAAGUAUGUCGUUGGGUCUCCAAGACGAUUUCAAUAUUUGUAUUCACGAUAUACAGUUCCAGGGAGAAAUUUUGAGGCAAGAAAUUGAAGAAAAAGAUUUUUUUUAAGAGAUUUUUUUUGUGAUAUGUUGCAAAUCGAACAUUGGAAAAACUGCGCAUAAAUUGCUGAGAAGUUUAGAACAACUAAUAUCUUUUGAAAAAUUUUGAAGAAAGAAUUAGAAAAUUAAUUAAUUAAAACUAUUAAAGAGUUUGAGAAAAAAAUAAGAAAAAUUAAUUUGUUAAGAUUUCUUGUGAUAUGUCGCAAAAAAUACAUUGGAAAGACGGCGCAGAAAUUGCAGCAACGAUUAGAAUGCCCUAUAACCUUAAAUUACUAAUAAUUCCAUGAAAAAAUUGAAAAACUUUGAAGAAAUUUGAAGAAAAUAUUGAAGAUUGUUUGGCAAUGGCAACUAUUGAUUUUAAGACAAUAAUUGCCCAAUUUUCAUUCAAAUGUCUCCCAAACAUUGCCCAAUAUUUGCGUAGAAACUGCUACAACGAUUAGAAUGACCUAUAACAUUAAAAUACAAAUAAUUCCAUGAAAACAUUGAAAAACUUUGAAUAAAAUAUUGGAGAUUGUUAUUGUUAUUACUAAGACAAUAAUUGCCAAAUUUUCACUCAAUUUUCUCCCAAACAUUGCCCAAUAUUUGCGCAGAAGCUGCUACAGCGAUUAGAAUGAUCUAUAACCUUAAAUUACUAAUAAUUCCUUAAAAAAAUUGAAAAAUUUGGAAGAAAUUUGAAGGAUUUUAAGACAAUAAUUGCCAAAUUUUCACUCAAUUUUCUCCCAAACAUUGCCCAAUAUUCUCCCAAUCAUCAAGGCAUCAUUCUAUUUCAAAUUCUUUUGUGAUUUUACGUAAUUAAACAACUUAUUUGUUCACUUUUUAUUAUUAAUCCAUGCCCAUUUAUUAAAAAUUUCCCACCUAAUACUACCCUACAUUGACUAAAUUUUUCCCUCAAUGAUUGAUCAAACUUUGAGAUACUUUCUUUACUGGGUAAAAAAAUAGAACCUUCCCACAAACUUUGCAUGAAAUGAAAAAGGAAGUUCAUCUCCCCCUUUUUUUAACACAACUCUUCAUGCCAAUAAGUUAAAAAGUGAAAAAUUAUGUUAAUUAUCAACUUCUGAAAGUCAAUCUGGGCGCUUCUUCAUACCUCAUUUUAACUCCCUAAUCAAAUUCCUAUUUAUUUUUUUACCCCCCACCUUUCUCAUCCACAGCGUGCAGAGCAACUCUCUCGUGAAAAGGGUCUUCCGUGAAAGGAAAAACCUCAUCAAUGGAGAAAAUUCUGCCAAAGAGAAAGAGGAGAAGAUGAAGGGAGAAAAAAAAAACAUGCAAAUCACCCUCAAGAAGAAAAUUUCUAAUGAAGCUGAAAGAAAAAAGUGGGAAAACACCGUACAGUGUUUAUCCUAUGAAUUUCCCAAGAGUGUGUGGUGAGGGAUGGGGGGUGGGAAACCCGUGAAAAGGGACGCUUGUAGAUAAAUGAACAUGACUCAAUAUUUCCUUGCACGUCUUUCACACACAACACAACACAUCUUCAUCAAACACUUUGGAAGUGUUCACGACGAUAAGAACUUUUGAAACAUGGAGGUAAAAACCCAUUGGAAAGACCAGGAAUGACCAAGAAAAAACUCCCAAAAAAAAAUGAUGAAAAUUAGGGAAUUUCUGAACACAGAUCCCUUCAGAAAGAUACGAGAAAUAAAUGUGAAUGGAAACUCCGUGAAAACGUUAUCAAAGACAAAUCAAAGCAAAUCCUAUGAUUUUGGACAAGCGCCCGCUAUCAAACCUACUUGAAGUACUCAGAAAUACCCAACUGAUAACACCUCCAUACGCACCUCAUUCAAUAUAAAAGACAGUGACCCAUUGCCAAAAAGUAUUAUUGUGAAGAUUGUGGUCUCGAGUGAAAAGUCAAGUGCAGAGAAAAAGUCUUUAAAAAAAAAAUGAUUAAGUUCUUUAUUCUAACUACCCUCGCUGUAGCAGCUCUUGGAAGCGAUCUUCCAACACCCCAUGACUUUAUAAGCGCCGUGUGGCACCUUCAGAAUGAAGUAGGAGUCACGGAGUAUGCUGAGAAUUUCAUUGUUGGCGGGAAUACCGCCUCACCGGGCCAGUUCCCCUAUCAGGCCUCCCUCAGAACAUCGGCUAAUGCUCAUUUCUGCGGUGGUAGCAUUGCCAACAAUCGAUGGAUUGUCUCAGCUGCUCAUUGCACUGUUGGCCGCACAACAGGCAACACAAUUGUCGUUUUGGGUGCACACUCAAGGACUGCGGGCGGAACUACUCAUCAGCUCUCUAGAAUUGUCAAUCAUCCCCAGUAUAACGCUAAUACGAUUGCCAAUGAUGUGUCCGUUGUGCAAACGGCCAAUGCCAUUGUUUUUACAAAUCUCAUCCAACCCAUCCCCCUUGGAUCUAAUCACAUUGGCGGUGGUGUAACGGCUGUGGCUUCGGGAUGGGGUCUUACAUCUAGCCCCGGAAGUCUAGCUGCUAAUCUACAAUUUGUUCACGUGCAAACACUAACAAAUGCCAAUUGCCGCAAUAACAUUGGUGGGAAUGGUGCUCUUGUUUUUGAUCACAAAAUCUGCGCUGGAGGUGUUGUGGGACAAGGAGUUUGCACCGCUGACUCCGGAGGACCCCUUGCAGCUGGUAAUACGUGCAUUGGGAUUGUCUCCUGGGGCAUCCCGUGUGCUCGUGGCUUCCCAGAUGUCUAUGAUCGCGUUUCUUCCCAUCGCAAUUGGAUUGUUGGGCACUUCUAAGAAACUUGAGAAUUCAUAGAAACUUAAAGGCUUCAAAGAAACGUCUUCCUUUCUCUUUUACGCGAAGCUCUAGUAUAACGAAGCUCCCGUACAACGAAGCACCCUAAGUGGCAGACCAUGGCAAAAACACUCAAUCCCACAAUAAAAUUAAUUAAGUUUGCAUAAAAUGUCUUGAUUUUUUCUUCUUCUCUGUUCUUUCACCAUUUUCAAUAUCUCGGAAUUAAAACUAAGAAGGAAAGUGUUGAUUCUGACACAUAGCAGCAAUUCCCGCACUUAUAAGCGAAAAUGGAAUUCAAUCUCAUUAAAAACUCUCUUUCUCUUUACUCCUCCAGCGUAAGUCAAUAUUGCAAGGGAGAAAGCAUAAAAUCCAAUUAAGGGAAAAGCAAACACGCAACAGGGUGAGAAAAAAAAUUAAGAGAAAAAUAUAUAUUUACUUCCCUUCAUCGCAUCGAUACCAUUGGAAAAUAAUAAUAAUAACUCCAUCCAAGGGACUGAGUGAGACAGAUUGUACAACGCAUAGAUUUUAAUUAAAAUCACCAACCAUGAUGGAGGAAUAUUAAUAUAGAGAGACAAAACCAUUUUGCUAUCUUAUCUCAUGAUAAUCACAGGGCAAACAUUCCAUCCAACAUCCCACGUUAUUUUCGCACCAAUCCACCGCAUAAUCAGCAAAUGUAUAAUACAGGAGGUUUAUCCAAUGAUUUUACCACCAAAUGGGGAUUUAUUUUACGGGAAAAAUCAAAAAGGAAUCGCUAGAAUGGAGGGGAGGACGAAAAUGGCCAAAUUGUCCAGUGAAAGAAACAGCUGAAUAAUUUAAAAUUUAUUUAAUAAAACUUGAAAGAAUUUAUUUCUUUCAAUUCCAAAUGUAAAUUACUUUACUUUCUAUUAAUUAAAAAAAUAUAUUUCUUAUACGAAAAAAUGUAAUUUACUUAAGAAUUUUAGCUAAGACACAUUAUUGUAUUAUACAAAAGCAAAAAAAAAAUUAUUAACCUUUUCUAAAGAAUAAUUAAUAUUAUUUGCCCAAAAAUUAAAAGGAAAAUCAACAAAAAAUAAUGAGCAAUAAAAAAAAGGUAGUUUUCCUAUAAUAUUAGCUAAGACACUUUACAAAAAAAUUAUACUAUUUAGAACAAGAAAAUAAAUAAGAAAAAUAAUGAAAAUCAUCUUAUAUUGAAAAGAUGAUUUUCCAUUGAAAUGAUAUUUUUUUUUCUUGCUCCAAAGGUAAUCUUUUGUAAUGUGUCUUAGCUAAAAUAUUACCUACUAUAAAUAGAAACUAAUCGUUUUUAUUGCUUUUAAUUAAUUUUAAUUUAAUUUUAAUAAAAAAAAAAGAAUUUUUUUCAGAAUCAAUACUUAGAUUUUUUCUUAAUUAUGUUUUACCAAUUUAUAGCACAAAGUGUCUGUACUAUUUUAUUAUCAAAUGUUGCAAAUUCUUUUCACACGGAUUAUCGUUAAUUUUACUUCUCCAAGUACUCUUAUUCAUCUAUGUUUGAUAACUUUUUGAAUGUUUGAAAUUACUUUUUAUAGCAAAAAAUGUGUCUUGAGUAAAAUGUCAAAUAUACCCAAAAUUUAUUUUAAAAUCAUUAGAUUAAUUUGUUUUUAUGAAAAAUCUUACAAAAUACAAAUAUUCAGUAGAAAAUAGAAGAAAAAAUCAUAAAAUUAACUCUCAGAUUAAUUUAUAAAUUUUAUGGUUUGUGUCCAGGAUGCCAUAAAAAUUUUAAAAAUGAAAAAAUUCAAUUUUCUCAGUAAUUUCCAAAUAUUUUCCUUUAAAUAUGAAAACUUUCGAUUAUUUUUCAUUCAGAUAAGCACCCCCUACCACCCUCUCACCUAUUUUCCACCCUUCAAAACACAACGAUCAUCCACAACGCAGCCUUUUCGUCCAUAUUGUGUGCGUGGAAAUGAUGGUAAAUUCACCCGCAUUCAUUCUAAUUAAUCAUCACAUUAACAUUUCUCUGCUAACAGAGCAAACUUGUCCAUUUGUUUUCCCACCCACCCCCCAUUAUUAGUUGACUAUAUCACCCAGCAAACACACUCUCGCGCACUUUGGCGAUUCAUUGAAGGAUAAAAGUUCAUGUUCAAACACAACUCUCAACUGCGCUUUAAAUGCAAACAAAUUUGCAUUUUGAUACGCAGCAGCAGCAGCAGCACAUCCUCACAGCUAUCAUUGCAACUACUUCAUCGUCUCCAUGAAUGGAGGAGGGAAGAAAAAAAAGAACGACGGUGAUGAAAAUAAAUAAAGUUGAGGGAGUGAGAAAGAAAUGCGGAAAAAACAGUGAGGAGACAAAUUUUUUUUUAACUUCUCCAUCAAAAUCAUUUAAAUUCUUAACAAGUAUACUUUGUAUUAUAUGGGCGCUUAUAGGCAGUACCGCCAUCAUAUUAAAUUUCCUACUAGUACAAAACAGCGAAGAAAAAAAUCAUAAAAGUUCAAACACACAAGUUCACAUGAUUGGGACUUCCUGGAGAGCGUUCUGCUCAAAUUGUAAGCCACUAAAGAGGCUUUGGAGACAUAAAUAUUCAAUUAAUAAUAUUAAUUUGCAAAAUAUCG